AUGCAUCCAGUCCUAAAGGCCUUCGUGUGUGGCUCCAUCAGUGGCACUUGCUCCACACUCCUCUUCCAACCCCUUGACCUGCUGAAAACCCGCCUGCAAACUCUGCAGCCUGCUGUGAAUGGGCCCAGUCGUGCUGGGAUGGUAACACUGCUCUUUAGGGUUGUUCGUACUGAGAGUCUUCUGGGGCUCUGGAAAGGUGUUUCUCCAUCCUUUGCAAGAUGUAUUCCAGGGGUUGGGAUUUACUUCAGCACUUUGUACAUGAUGAAGCAAAAGUUUCUAGUGGACCGUUCACCCACAGCCCUGGAGUCUGUCUUUCUGGGUGCCACUGCACGUGCAGUAUCAGGGAUUUGCAUGUUGCCAGUGACUGUAGUGAAGACCCGAUAUGAGAGUGGAAGAUUUGACUAUGGGAGUGUGUACGGAGCUCUGAAGAAUAUCUAUCAGACAGAAGGAGCUCGCGGCAUGUUCAGUGGGCUCACUGCAACGCUGCUGCGGGAUGCACCCUUCUCUGGGAUCUACCUGAUGUUCUACACACAGACCAAAAACUUCACAGCUCAGGACCAGCUGGAUCCAGUGCUCAUGCCCUUGCUGAAUUUUGGCUGUGGGAUCUUUGCAGGAAUCUUGGCCUCACUGGCGACACAGCCUGCUGAUGUCAUCAAAACACACAUGCAGCUGUCCCCCCAAAAGUACCACAGGACGAUCCAGGCCAUUGCCUUCAUCUACAAGGACUUCGGGUUGGUCGGCUUUUUCCGAGGUGGUGUGCCCCGUGCCCUCAGGCGGACUCUGAUGGCAGCAAUGGCAUGGACGGUGUAUGAACAGAUGAUGGAAAAAAUGGGCUUGAAAUCUUGA